CCUUCCUUUCCUUUCUUUUGAAAGUGAUUACCGGAAGUCUUCGCGUGCCGUUGUGCCUGCUACAGUAAAUAGACCGUGCUGCACUUCUUACGUGCUUUGUUAUUCCACUGAUCGUUUGCUGAAGAAACAUAAGAAUAAUAAGGAUAAUUGGAUUAUAAAAUAGAUGUAUUACGACUAUAUUAAUGGAAUACGCCCGAGUAAGCGGAUGACGACGGUCCUCACGGUAGCAAAGGAUAGCAAAGGUGUCCGUAAAGCUGCCUGGUCAAAAAUAUGUUAAUAAAUCGGUCAAAAACAGAUUGGGGCCCUGCUGAAUGUGUAUCCACCUCCUGUAAUUCAUCCAUGGAUCUGCUCUGAUAGAGACGUUACAGGCUGCAUACAGAGGAGAUCAGCACUGACCGAUACUGGGCAGCUCUGGUUCAUCUUAGACGAGCUUCCAGAUUGAGGACAUCAUGAAGGAAGUGGAUUGUCUUCAGCAGAAGUACACUGAUAGUCUGACUUUAGAAAAGAAAUUGGAGAGUAAACGCCUUGGUGUUCAUCAUCAGCUGCAGGAUGUUGUAAACCACAGUGCUGUGUUCCCUGCAGAUGUCCAACAGCAGUUGGUGGUUAAAGAAGAACUUCCCCUUGAAUGGAGCUGCAGUCUGGACCCAGAACCCCUCCACUUAAAGGAGGAAGAGGGGGGACUCUGGACCAGUGAGGAGGGAGAGCAACAUCAUAGGCAGAAAGAGGAUGAUAUCAGCAGGUUUCCAUUCACUGUUACUGUGAAGAAAGAAGAUGGUGAAGAGGAAUCUCAGUCCUCACAGCUCCAUCGGAUUAAAACUGAGGACAGCAGAGAGACAGAACCUCCAACCUGCAGCUCCGAUACUCAGAUGAAAACAGAAACUGAUGAAGAGGACCAUGGAGGACCAGAACCAACCAGGAACCCAGAUCCAUAUAGUCUUUUACAACCAAACUCUUAUGAGAAGACUUCAGAUUUCUUUGAGACAGAGGUCAGUAUUGAUGAUGAUGAUGAUGAUGUUGACUUGCAGCAGCAAUUUUCAGAUUCUGGAUCUGAAACAGAAGACAGUGACAGUGGCUGGAAGGAGAGCAGGGCACCCGACUCAGGCGUAAACACUGAUGUGGGAAGUUCUUCUACCAAGAAGUCUUUAAACUGCUCUGUUUGCGGUAAACAGUUUAUCUACAAGCGGUCUCUUCAGAAACACAUGACGUGGCACUCUCAGGUUAACGUUAGCGCAGGAGAGAAGCCCUUCGCUUGUCAUGACUGUGGUAAAAGAUUCAGCCAGCAGAAAAUCCUCAAAACACACAUGAAAGUCCACACAGGAGAGCAGCUGUUCAGCUGUGAGCACUGUGGGAAGAGAUUUUGCCAGCAGUCACAACUGAGGGCGCACAUGACCGUCCAUACAGGAGAACGUCCAUUCGCUUGCAGUUGUUGUGGUAAAAGAUUUAGACGCAACACCGAUCUCACGGUCCACAUGAGAGGACACACGGGCGUGAAGCCGUUCGGCUGCAGCAACUGCGGAAAAAGAUUCUCGCGGCACGGAAGUCUGCUGAGACACAGUCGGCUCCACACGGGAGAGAAACCGUUCGGCUGUGACGAAUGUGGUAAGAGGUUCAGAUGUACCUUCAGACUUCAGGCUCACAUCAGAAUCCAUACGGGGGAGAAACCGUUUGUAUGCGCCCUUUGUGGUGAAAAAUUUAGAGAACAGAAAAACCUGAACAGACACAUGAGGACACACACCGGACCGAAACCGUUUGUUUGUGAUGUAUGUGGGAAAAAGUUUGUGCAUCAAAACUAUUUUAACAUUCACAUACGAGCCCACAAAGGAGAAAAACCUUUUGAUUGUGACGUGUGUGGCAAAAGAUUUACUCAGCGAGGAAGUCUAAAUAGACACAUGAAAACCCACACAGGGUAGAUUUAUCCCAGCAGUUUUUGUGUAAUAUACAAAAUAUUUAAGUGUAGUUGUGAUGCAUUUGCUUUAUAUUGAUCUAAAGUCUGAAUCAGACAUGCUGCUUCCUGAUCACAAGAACUUUCUGUUCAUUUUUAUGAUUGUUUUGAUUUUGUUUGGUCUAAAUUGAGUUAAUCACACAUUUCUACUACAACAAAGUAUUUAACAUAAAAGAAUUAACAUUCGUGGGAACAAAGGUCCCUGCAUCCUGUCUUGCUUUUAAUAAAUUAGGUUCAAGUUUAAAUAUUAACCCCCAGCUGAAAGAGCAGCUUAUGUAACACAUGGCUGGCAGCAGAGGAGUCGGUGUUUAACUGGAGCGUUAACAUGUUUUUAUCCAUCUGUUUGUUGAUUUUAUUUUAACUAAUGUAUUUUGUGCAUAAGAGUUCAAAUUUACAAUAAAACUGAUUCUAAUAUUAAUGCCAAAAAUACACUGCAGCUGCCUCCUAUUUGAGUUUGAAGCGUUUUUUGUGCACGUCCUCAUAAAGUAAUGCUACGUACUUGCAUUGGUUGCGUCCUGCAUAAGCUGCAGGGUGGAACUAACCAGUAGCAGAAACAUAAGGACCAAUUUGACCAGAUGUAAGAUCUAAGAACAGACGGAUAAAAUUACGGAAGGUUUCAGACAACAGAUGGCGUGCUUGUUUUAGGGGCCUUACAUACCAUCUAACUGUACAGGUGCCAGGCCAGGAUUGGUCCUUCCAGCAGGUCUUCAGGGAUUGACUUCUGGUUGCUGGGUUGGCUGAUAAAGACCUGGGCUGAAGGCAAAGGAGUCACUCAGCUCCCUCUCCUCCUAACCAGCCACACCUUGCCCACACUACAGCAGUUUCAGCAGUACGUAUGUUGGUUUCCUGGGAGUUUAUUGGGGUGGGACGUCAUUUUCUUUACAUUCCUUUUCCCCCUAGGACUGCAGAUUUUCGUAUUGAUCCGAUACCAAGUAAAUCCAGGGCAAGUAUCACCAAUACUGAUACUUUUGACUUGAAAAUUUCACAAUAAUUUAAUGAGUUUGUCUUUAGUUAUCUGUUAGUAUUAUUAUCAUAAUCUAACACAGAAUAAAGAUUAUUGUCAAAUAAAACAUCUUUUAUGACUAGCAGAACAAAGUUAACAGAUAAGUUAACAUUAAGUCAACAGUGCAAAUUGUCUAAACAAAAGUAAAACCUACUAUUGGCUCACAUUCUUUGGCUUUUUGCCCUUAAAGCACUCUGUAGGAAAAAUAUAAAUUUCAUCACGCUGGUAUCGAUCUAUAUCGAUAUUAGCUCUGGUAUCCAUAAUAUUGAUAUUUGGAUCAAUCUGCCCAGCCCUGUUUAUGUUAGACUAGUGAGGUAAGUCAUUGUAUAUCAGGGCGCACCCUGAAGCUAGUU